CUAUCUCGCGCCUUUGCCGCUGCGCAGUCCAUCUUGCCUCUCGUAUCGCUGCUGUCACCCUCUGCCAGCGCGCCGUCCGUGUUGUUGUAGUAAAUAAUGGCGGCAUCUGGGGGAGGAUUAUCACCUCCCGCUACCGUCGCGGGCUUGAGCACCCAGGCUCCAGCGAAGGCUCGAUUCCCGGGUCGACCGUGCACGGCUCGGAGCAGGCUGCGGUCGGAGAAACGAACCAGACGCGGAAGGUUGGGCUCGGCUGAUGGAGAGCAGCCUGCCGGAGGGCCGAGGCCCGUAAACAUCGGCCUUGCGUUGAGUGAGGACCCGUCCCUGCUGCGUCUGCUCGGGGUGGCGGAGAAGCACAGUCGGCAGAGAGAUGCAGGCUUCGACUCCAGCGACAGUGAGGAGGUGAAUAAGCUAACCAUAGCAUGUCAGCUACAGGGUUACAGUACGCUUUAUGAAACAGCCAGAGGAAGAUAAUUGAACAGACCAACACAAAAAAGCUUUUUGUUUAUUACUCUUGUAAAGUAUUUAAGCUAAUGUAGCGCUAGUUAGCGAUAACUUAGCAAACACUCAACCAAAAUAAGUGAGUGAAGCUAUCCGUGUGCCUGCAGGGGAGGAUUCAGAUUGGUUGAUGGGUUUAUAUUUCCAGACUGCUGCCUAUGCUAUUAUUAAAAUUGAUGACCUGAUUUUAAAUUAAUAUAUCACUGUUAAUAGAAACAGAGAGGCUUUUACUGAGACUGUCCAGUUGGAUUUUUUUGUAACCGAGAAACAUAAGGCGGAAACUUUGGCGCUAUGAUAACCAUCGUGUCUGGUGUUUGUUGUGGAAACGGGGGCAUGUCUUUGGUUAUUAAUCCCCAAACUCAGCGUGUUUCUAUGAGGUGCAUUUCCCCUCACGGUGCAGACAUCCACAAGUUGUUACUAUUGUCGUUUUCCAAAUGUAGCUGCUGCUUCCCUCUCUCCACGUUGGAGCCACCAGCUGACUGCUCAGUGUCUUUAACGUCACUUUAACGUGAGCUGCAACAGGAAGAGCAACAAUAACGUUAUUCACACGUUGAUUGGACUAUCCAUCUUUAUAUUUUCUUUUAUAUAAACCUCAUUUUGCUUUGUGUUAACAAAAAAUAUCCCUAUUAUGCAUAUCUUCCACUUUAAUGUUGAAUUAUCUAUAUAACAACACUACCACAAAUUCUACUUACAGUAAGAUUCAGUUUUGGUCAACAUCAACAAUAUUUGGUGUUUCAUGAUUCUUGUCGUUGGGGCAGGGAGAUAUGAGAAAAAGUUUAUCAGGAUGUAUUAUUUUCAUAUUAGUUGAUAUUGAUAUAUAUCACCCAUGCAAUACAAUAAGCUCUGUGCUCUGGUGUCCAGUAAAAGUAGAAGCCUUGCGUAUCCGAUUUGACCGCCAGAGCCGAUCCGCAGCGGAGCCGGACGGAUUCUGUUGAAUCACACACAUUGAUUAUAAUGCUUCCGGAUUUGAUCCACCGGCCGUGCCAUGAAUGGUCGGUUGUUUCGGCUGCACAGGCGCCAUGGGCUUCUUGCUCCGCUCAGGGUUUGUAGUGCUGUCGUCUUCACGUGUAAAAGUGUUAUGGUUGUGUGUAGCUGCAGCCUGCUACUAUGCAAUUGUUUGCAACUUGGUUCUAAUUCAGCACGAUUGAUCUACCAAAACAUGGCAGAAUGCUGACUAUCGAAAAGCAUAUUGACCAUUUUUUAUAUUGAUAUUGAGAGAAAUUAAUUUUCAAUAUAUAUUGUUAUUGUUUUAUCGCCCAGCCCUACUUGUCGUGUUAACCGAUAAUAAUACACACAGGACUAGACAUUAUUGGUCUCAACUUAUUUGCUGGUCUCAUUGUUUACUGACAUUGUAAAAUAAUUCAUGAGGCUUUCAAGUGGAUAUUUUCUGCGCACAUCUAUUUGAGUUGGACAUAUAUUCAAACAUAACUAUAUGAAACCAGUGAGCAAGACCUUGAAUCUGCAGCAUUGUACCAAAGCUGCAGUGUUAAAUACCCCUCACAUCCAAAGUGGUCUCCUUUAAACCAUGCCAGACAGGAUAAUGAUAAUGAUAUAAAGCUUAAUCAGAUCUUGUUAUAUUAUUCAAUCUUCCGAACAGGGGGCUUUAGUGUCUGACAUCAGUCUGAAUUCACUGAUGCAAUCCCUUUAGAGUGGACUGUAACAGAAUCACAUGGCCUACGUUUAAGCUUGUGGGUGCUGCAUAAGUGUAGUACCACACAUCACUCAUUGCUUCUUCUUGCACUCAUGUGCUCUUCAGUGCUUUUGAAUGGACAUCAUUAGUGAAGUCUCAUCACUGACAAAUACAGUAAGUCUUUAUUUUGCAAAUUAAAAAGGAUGUGAGUAGUUACAGAUGUGGUGUGCUUGAAUUCUGCUUAGCAGCAAGUUUUUGCAUAUGCAGUGGAGAGGUUUCUAAAUGAUAGGAUGCUGGAGGCAGGUUCUUUUUCUAAAGCAGCUGUUAAAACGUUUGUGUUACUGUAGUAUGGGUGUUUGAUUUCACUACAAGUAAUUUAAAUUCAGUACAGGUGCUCCUCCUCUUCUGUUCUCCGUACCUCUUCUAUUAUUUGCAGAGAGAUGCAGAGCAGGUACACAGCCUACUGAAUGUUUUUUUUUUAUUGUUGACUCACAAAUUGGGACCAAAAUCUGCUACAUUUGUUGCCUCAGCAGCUGAUUCUGACGCAACACUUGAGCAAGAGUAGAUUGCCGUGCUGAUGCUUCAGCUAUAACUGUUGCGGAGGUAGUACCUGAGAAUCAAAUGAAAUGAAAUGAGUCAUAAAAAGUUGAAAACUAAAAUUUGUUUCUGUUGCACAUAGCUGAAAAAAGGAAAUUCAGUUGGGCUUAUUUUUAAGGGACAAAAUUGGAAUAGAUUUCUGAUUUAAGAUUUGAUAAAUCACCAAGAGUUUUACCAGUGAAUAUAUGAGCAUGCCUACCAACUUUAACUAUAAUCAUUCUUGAUAGAAAUGUUUAAAAUCUGAACAAGUAUUUAUCAUAACAUUUAUUGGCCAUAGACAGAGGUUUUUAUAUCAUUUCAAAUUGAACACAUAAAUUAAGAUACAUAUCAUCCACAUGAUGAAGUAACUGCAGAUGUAGAAUAAAGAAAAUAUUGAGCUAUAAUCUGGAACUAAAAUAACUCUUACUUUAAGCAGCUUACAGAAAAAAGUAGAACAAGUCGACAGCAGAUCUUUUUGCCCAUUUUGAAGACACACAGAGGAUCAGCAUUUCUACCAUUGAUGUCAUCAAAACAUAAAGCCCAAGUCUGUCAAUGUUUGUUUUGAAAUCAAAAUCAACACCCUAAAAUUUAAGAUCAACUACCUGAGUUAAGUUAUUCACUGACAUAUUCUUCUCUUUUUUUUUUCAGGAGGAAGAGUUCACUGGAUUUGGGACCUCGACAGCCCGUUCAAAGAAAACUUCAGUCACUGUUUCGAAGCCCCCACCUCCUGCAGCCUCAGAUUCUUCUGCUGAGGCAAAGCCUCUCAUCGGAAAAAUUAUACCCAGGAGCCAAAAACCAUCUCUGAUUGGGAAAAUUGUACCAAGGAUUCCUAAAGAGGGCCAGGAAGUCAAAGAGAGCACGGAGAAAGGCAAAGAAAUACCAAAGGUGGUCAUUAGAUUUCGAGGCAAACAGGGGGCCCCAACUGCAAAAGACAUCUCAGGUAGACAGAGCAGCACCGAGUCAGCUGACUCCAUCAAGAGAGCAGGAAAAUCAGCGAGUUCAAGCAGCAUGGAAAACCAAACAGCCGUUAAUUCAGCAGAUGUGCUGACUGGUGCUCAGACAGCUGUCACUGGUGUAGAAGACGCUUCCAAAGUCAAAGAAGAGUCAGAGGAGUCUGACAACGACCAAACACGGCCACAAAGAGCUGUGAAACGCAUGAGGGGCUUUCAAAUGGGGCAAGUGAGACGCUCAUCUCAGGCAGUUGCUUUGUCCUUUCACAAACGGCAGAGAAAGAGGACAGCUAAGGCCAUGGGGGCUUCGCCAGAGGCCGGGUCAGAGGCUGGCCUGCAAAGUGGAGAGGAGGCGGCAAUGCCUCUUGAGUGUAAAGCUGCAGAUACCCCUACAAAAAGACCACACAAACGACCACGUCGGGCUCUGUGGGGGCAAAGGCGAAAGCCACUGAAAGACGAUUCAGUGAAUAAAGGUCCAAAAAUUAAGCGUAAUCGCACAAAGCGAGUUUUUUACACCUAUGUAACAGAACCAGUUCCAGGCACAGAAACGACAGACGGGCAGCUACAAAAUCAGAGCACCACUCCAUCACAGGGGAAGACCAUCUUGUUUUCUGAACAACACCAGCAAGGCUCUAAUAACUCCUCCACCACUGUCACAGGUGGACGCUCCGCCCGGGUCAUCAAAGUGCCAAAGAGGUUCCUGGAUGAAGAAGUCCCACUUCCAAAGGGUUCACGGUCAACAUCACUGAAAAGCCAUCAAAAGGAGGAUGAAAAACCAAGUCUAUCAUGUCAGGUGAUGAGCAGCGACGACAGCUCUUUGCUGUCAGACAGUGACUCAGACUCCGAGGAAGACAGUCCGUCCCCUGUGACAGAGUUCCCAUCAAAGCCCAGCCUGCACCCAAGCCACCAGGAGAUCUACAAGAACCUCAAAAAACUCACCUUGAAACUGGCAGAAAAAAAGAAAAGCCAGCCCGACCCCCAGGGUGAGAGCACACUUCCUGGUGAUAGUUUGACUACUAAAGUCAGGAAGAGGCGGAGGCCAAAGGUCACAAUGGAGGAGAUGGACUCUCCUGGUGUUGUGAGAAGACUCGCCAUUGUGGUGAACACAGACACAGGGGUACAGUCGCAUGUGGAUUUGGGAGAACAAGGCAGCAACAAUGGUAAGAAUCGUUUUGUUAAAAUCUUGUUGCUUCUUUACAGAAUCUGUCCUGGAUUAAGAGAUUUUUUUCUACAAUAGAAUCAUCAGCUCAGAAUGAUAAAAUCUGGUUCCUUUUAAACUCGGCUGAAUGCUUGAGACAGCAGCGACUUAAACUGGAGCUUCAGAGAAGAGUCAACUUAUGUCUGGGCUUAAUAGCACCUUAAAUAUUAAUACAAUAUAGAUUAAAGGUGCGAGCAGCAUUAAGCAAGCCCUCGCACCUUUGCCCACAUUAGAAAUGAAGCAUGUCGGGCUGGGUUAACGUCAGAUUGUAGAGCAGUCACAGAGUUUGCUUAGAAAAAGUAGCAAUCAGAAUAUCUCGGAAAAGGUUUGAUUUGAGCUGUGCAUGAAGAGUGAGCGCGCUUACCCUGCAUCCCAGAGUUUUCAAACAGUUAUUUAAACCAGAAGCUCUUCAUAAUGCUUAGAAAGGAAUGAACUAUGAGUUUUUUGCACAAGCUAAAGAUAAAUUCUUCAAUUUCCUUGUGGUUGGACUAAAAUAGCACACAAUACUAAAGAAAGGAGGACAAAUGUUACUGAAGACAAAGAUUUGAAAAAAGGCUUUGUGGAUGUCAAACUAUGAACAGCUUCAUUGGCCCUUCCUGUAUUAUAGGCACAUUUAAGAUAAAAUGUUUUUCCUGUGUCGUGGUGAAACGUCUUUAAGUCCCUAAUUACAAAUUCAAAUAUCUGAAAAACUGCACAGAUAAUUAUAAGAAUUGAUGAUUCUGCUUCACUGUUAUAAUGAGUUACGAGUAUGUGACUACGUUAUCUCAGCAGAGUUUCUUUCAUCUUGAUUUUAGGCGCAGGGGAAGCAGGAACUAAACCCGAGGACAGCCACGAAGCAUUGGAAGUCAGUGGUUCCAGCCAUCGGAUUGGUCCCAGUGGAGCGAAUAAGACGAUGCUCCACCUGCUGAAGAAAGCAAAAGUCCAGCUUAUUAAGAUCGAUCAGCAAAAGCAGCUCAAACUAUCACAGGUACAAAAGCACAAGUUACAUUUUUUUUGAGUGACUGUUGAAUUCAGUCUGACAGUAAAAAUCUUAUUAGCUAAUUCAGAAAAGUAACGGUCAUCACUUCAAACUUUUCUUUUUCUUGCUGUCUGGACUGAUAGCUGGGAUCAAGAGAAGCAGGAGUUCCAAUGAGUGGAAGGAGGAGGAGACGAAUUAGUGUACCUCCCAGAGAUCUUGGUCCUCAGGUAAUGCCAUAAACAGGGACAUUAAUAUUAACCCUGUAACUUUUUGUUUAUGCUUAUACAAAAGAGAAAGAGUCUAAUCCACAGAGUAAAUUAAGGGCUUCCUUUUGUCUAAGAAGUAUAAAACUUACACUAAUACAUGCACAUUUGUCAUUCAAUAUCUUUGUAUCUCACGGUGUGUCUUUCUUUCAUGCAGGAGCAGCCGCUUGGUGGUCCGAGAAUCAAACAUGUCUGCCGGGCAGCAGCUGUGGCUUUGGGGCAGCCCCGUGCGAUGGUGCCGGACGAUAUUCCCAGACUCAGUGCCCUACCACUUCAUGAGAGAGAGGGCAUCACUUUUUCGCAAGCUACAGAAGGUACAGUGCACCUAUACUGUAUACUGCGUUGAAGUUGUCUUUCAUGUGAUGUUGUUUAAAAUCUUAAAUGCACAUUAACUAAAUUCAGUUUGCAAAGUUCAGGAAGCGAUGUGGCCAAAUACCUCUGUACCAGUAGUGAAGAACUGGACUGUUAUAUCUGUUGUCUGUUUAAAAAAAAAAAAAAAAGGUGAGAUAAUUGGGGCAACGUCAGGCCACCAUACAGCCGGCAGCUAAGCUCCGGUCAGAAGCAAAACAGAGUCUGUAGAUGAAUGAGUGUGCAGCGGGUGUGUGUGAAGCUCACACUGUUUGUUUUCACUGGCAGAGUCUGUUAAAUCACAUGCUGGGUCACACAGAUAUAUCAGGGCUGGUUGGGUCGAUGUAAAAGUAUGAAGGUGUAGUGGCAGCCGUUCCUCUCAGCAUUGUUGGGGAAUCAACAAAAAAAGAAAUAAAACUGAUGGCAACUCUGCUCGAAAUGAGUAUUUUUAAAGCUUAUUGAAAGAGUGUUUUAAAACGUGGAGUCAGACACACAACACAAAGAGCUGCUGCUAAACAAAGAGGACUUCUAGAGGCUGUGUGAGGAUGGGGUUUCAGUCAGAACCAUCACAAUGUCGCUACAGUUUCCAGAAAAGCUAAUCAACACAUGAUUGAAAAAUAUUUAGGCAGAUAACUUUGCCUAAAUAAAGUGUAACACAAAUAAAUCCAUCUAUUUAUAAUACUUUUAUGAGGAGGCUGCAAAAAUUGUCUUCAUGAUGUUAGAAAAAAUUACUGCAAAUUGCUUUGAGAUGGUAAAAACAAGAUGACUAUAAGUUUUAGGCUUUAAAGGGAUAUUCUGGCGUAAAAUUAAGUUAGGUCAAACACACCAUAACACUGAGUUAGACAACCCCUCGAGAGAUAAAUGUUGCAGACCGCUUGCUUCUCUAGUUAUACAAACUUUAGUAACAAACGCAGGAUAGCAAUACACAGCGGUCUGAGGAGCCAUAUACAAACCUCAACCAAAACACCACUCUGUAGCCACAAAUAAUGCUCAGAACAUCACCUAACUUCAUCAACAGUACAUAUAGGGUCCUAGCCACAGCACUAGCCACAAAACAUCUUUUUAGCUUUGCCUAAUUUAUUUAGCAAAGAGACUAAACACAAUUCACCCACUCUCUUCCAGCAGCCGCUUGUUUGUAGUGAGACCUCAGGCCAGUCCAUUACAGACUACAGCGGGGUGUCACAGCUCGAGGAAGAACAUUUAUGGUCAUUACUAAUAAUAAUAUUGUGAUUAUUACUUCAAGAAAAUGAUAAAGAAAUGAUCAUAAAUGUUCUUCCUUGAGCUGUGGCACCCCGCUGUAGUCCAUAAUGGACUGGCCUGAGGUCUCCCUUCAAAUAAGUGGCUGCUGGAAGAGAGUGGGUGAAUUGUGUUUAGUCUCUUUGCUAAAGAAAUCAGGUAAAGUUAAAAAGAUGUUUGGUGUCUAGUACUAUGGCUGGGACCCCAUAUGUACUGUUGAUGAAGUUAGGUGCUGUUCUGAGCAUUAUUUGAGGUUACAAAGUGGCGUUUUGGUUGAGCGUGUGGCUCUCUGUACUGCUAUCCUGCAGUCGUUACUACAAGCAGUCUGAACAUUCAUCUCCUGGGGGGUUGUCUAACUCUGUGUUUCGAUGUGUUUGACCCUAAAUUAAUUUUAUGCCAGAAUAUCCCUUUAAUGUGGCUUAAUCUGGUGUUUAAGGGUCUUUACAUUGAAGUUGCUUGACCUUCAUUGACUAGUAAAGCAGAUUAUAAGCAGCACUUCACAUUUCCAAAGUGAAGUGUGCUGCUGCGUAGUUAGACUUACUGAAUCACCACGUCAUUCGUUCACAGAUUGACUGUUAAAACAUAAACGUCACGAUAACAUAACCGUCUCCCAAGGUAGGUUUUAUUUUUGAUCUCAUUCAUUGUUUCAAACUUUAUUGGCAUCGUCCAGGUUUCAGUCCAUAUGCUUCCAGCUGUUGUCUGGCAAAGCUACUCAGCUAGUUUCUUUGAAUGAAACCUUCACCAGCUAAAAUUGAAAACUGCUUCUGCAAAAGUAAACACACAGCUUAAAAAUCAAACCAAACAGAAUCUACCGAGCAAAAAAUUUCAAAGAAAACUGCUCAUUUUUUUAGUUUUAUGUAGUUGUAAUUAAGAUACUUGCCAGCCAAAAUAUCUUUUGUCACACACAGAUUAGCCACCGCUGUUGGAAAGCUUUACCCAACACUGGUCGAGUGAGCAUCACUCAGUAUGAGGUGAGGAAGUGCCGUUUGACAAAUGAACACAUUUAGUUUUUGCUAGGAGAAGAAAUGAUCCUUUCACAAGACUAUUUGAGCUAAAUAGUUCAUUUAAAACAUGAAAACAACCACCUCUAAGUACCUUUAUUUUUUUUCUCUGUCUGAAGUUGCUUUGUGCCAGCUGGCAUUAAAAUAAAAACCACUGGGGGUUGCAAACGCUCUCAAGGGGAUUUAAGUUUCAAAUUUCUAUCCAGUUGCUUUCUAAUCAAAAAAAAAAAAGAAGAAGUCAAGGUGGGGGACUUCCACAAGCAGUUGUUGAGACUUCUCAUGUGUUUGUGCAUCCACCUUACUUUACUUUAGAGAGACCCUUUGGCUUUGUUCAGACUGAUUCCCUCUGCAGUAGAUGAUCCAAGCUACAUUUGGAUGUAGCUUGGAUGAGCCUAACGAAUGUGUUGUAGCCUCCUUCACCACUAAUCUUUUGGAGCUCUUAAUAAUCCCUCAUAGUUACAGAUGCCUGCGUAGUUAUCACAGACCUCCAUGCAGUGAGGGUGGAUGUCUGGACACACAAAUCUGACUUGUGAACCUUUUUGAAGAGCAAAUCUGAUUGACCUGCAGUCUUAACAAAGCCUUAGAGUUCUUCAGGCAGCCAGUAGCAACAUGUAGCUGCAGUAGUCAGGUUUGCUUGUUAGCAGGAAAAAGUAAACUCUAGUGUGUAAGCUCGUCCAAUCACAGGAGCCCUCCUGCUGGCUGAAUACUAGUAAGUUCUGGCACUCAAAUAUGUCAGCCCCACAGCACAUCAGCACUCACUGAUUUCUGACUUAGACACCGUAUGUUGUUGCUCUUCACUCAUCCUUCACGUCUCUCACUUGCAGAUGUGGCGGAUGACGACGACGACAUCACUGAUCAGGGCAGGGCUCAGUGGGUUGUCUCUCAGGAAAGCAUCCAGCGGAGGAGGAGAAGGGGGAGGGGGAGGGGAAUCGGCCGGAGGUUCAGGAAGGCCCUGAGUGCGUUUGCACCAGGGGGACUCCGCUCCCGGCGCUGCGGUGUCUGCAAAGGCUGUUUGGUAGUGGAGGACUGUGCGAAGUGUAUGAACUGUCUGGACAAGCCCAAAUAUGGGGGGCCGAAUACCAAGCGGCAGUGUUGCAUGUAAGUUAACCUAGAUGAUAGAUUUUUUUGUGAGUAAAAGCAGAGAAAAUAAGUAACUAAAUAACUGAGAAUCUUUAAAAUUUCAGAGAUAGUGACAAAUUCUAAUUUGUUCUCCCUUAACUGUCUUGAUCUGAUUUUACUGAGCUUUCAUGGGGGUGUGGAAAAAUACAAAAUGUUGGCGUUUAAGAGUAAUUUUGAUGUUACUGUAUGACACUUAUACAGAGUUGGAAUUUCCAUACUUUUCCAUACUCUACUUUUUAGAAUUAUUUUUGGAAAUACCGAUUUUUCUAUUUUAGAAAAGAGUAUUUUAUAACUGUGGUAAUAUAGUCUGUUAACAGAUAUAUUUUAUUUACUAGUGAUGCACGAUAUGAAAAAUUUCAACCGAUACCGAUAACCGAUAAUUUUCUUCUUCUCAUGGCCAAUACCGAUACCGAUAACCGAUAAAUUCAUAUUUUUACAUUUAUUAUAAUCUUCAUAUAAUCUGCAGUUUGUGCAGGAUGCAGCGAUUGAAAACUGAUGUUUUUGUUGCUCUGGCCUAUCUAGAACAACAAACAAAAGUUUUUGGCUCUUCAAAUGUGGUCAUUUGCUAUAAAUAACAAUAACAGAGCAAAAAGCAGAACUUCAUUUGAUCCCCUGAACUGUUCAACAGAACUGUAAACUGUAAAGGAGCUAUUAUGAGACGUUAGGCUUAGCAUGCUGACCGGACUAACAUCUGACGUCCAUAUGUCUGUGGUAAAACUCACGUGUAGUCCGUUCUUGUCGAUCAGGUUGUGAAUGUAUGUGGCGACAAUAUCAUAGAGUGCACGAAGAGACACAUCCGAGAAGAAGCGGCGGCUUGGGAGAGUGUAACGUGGCUCCAAGUGUGCUAUUAACUUGCGAAAACCCGGGUUCUCAACGACGGAAAAAGGCUGGUCGUCGACCGCUAUGAACUCCAUCACUUUGUCGUUAAUGGCUUUAGCCUUUUCGCUGUCUCUUGAAAAGCUUUUGCAGUUUUUAAACGCCCGCUGAAUGGGGACAUCGAUCCUCCGUAGUGUUGUUGUCUUAGCUUUAGUACCGCUAGCAGCUUCGGCGGCUGUCUCAUAUUCCUUUACUACCGCUUCGCCGUGAUGGCGACUUUUCAGAUGAGCUAUCAGAUUCGCUGUGUUAAUACCUGACGUCUUCUUUCCUCCUCUCGGAAUCCUCGCUGAACAGGUUUUGCAUAUAGCAGCUGUUGUCAUCUUCUGCCACUGAGAGAAACGACCAUGCUGGUGAAGACAUUUUAUUAUCUGUCAGGUAGUGACGGGGUCAGGCUUGGGACCUGCGAGUAAGGCGCGAUAGAUGACGUAACCAGCGCGUCUCGGACGGGCAGCUACUCCGCCUGCAAACGUUACUCGUAAUUUCAUUAAUAUAUCGGAUCUUUCUAUCGGAAAAAUGCACCUAUCGGACCGAUAAAAAAUGACGUAAUUUCCCCCCAAAUCGGCCGAUAUUUUAUCGGUCCGAUAAAUAUCGUGCAUCCCUAUUAUUUACCAUACUUUUUAAAACCUGUAAAUUGAUCAAAUUACUUUCUUUUCCAUACUGCAUACUCUCCAUACUUGCAAGAGAGCACUUAACACUAAUAAUGUUUUUGAGAAGUUCUAGAAUUACUUAUAGGUUGAACACUUAAUUUACAUAACUCAAAAUACAUAAUUUAUGUAUUAUUUUAAUUAUUAUGUAGUAAAAUACUGGAACAAUUGAAAGUUGAUUCUCACUGUUUUUCCUUCAGACACAAGAAGUGUGAGCGGAUUGAGAAAGCAAAGAUGCAGCGCUUUCUCAAAUCAAUGAAACGUAAGUCUCUGAUUCAUGGAUGCUCUGUUAUUCUUAGUUCUCUAACCUCUCAGCUUUUUUUUAAAUGUCUUUUCUAACUUUUUAAAAAAAUUUGAUUAUCCUUGUAGUGUCAUGUAAUGGUUCAUUUGUGUCUUGCUGCAAAACAAAUUGAUCUAGAGGAAAAACUAGAGUUACCUGAUUCUGAAACCGGAACAAAAUAAAUCAGUGUUUUUUCACAUUGGUGAAUCAAUAGGCGCUUCUUUCUCAGUCCAGUCGAGGAAGUUGUCGGCUUCUGUGUCCAGCAGUGAGGACGGAGGGGGAGAGGGAUCCUCCUCGAUGGCUCUCGGGAUCAGAAAACACUCCCUACGUAACAUCAAACCGCGCUCCUACAGCAGCCUGCUGGAGUCUGAAUCUGAGGAAGAGGAGUACGAAGAAAAGGAAAAGGAAGAAAAACCCGUGGUCAAGGCAGAAAAAUCGGCAGUCAAGGCAGAAAAAUCGGCAGUCAAGCCAGAUGUAGCUGCUUCGAGAAACCAAGGUAACUUAUUUUAAGUUUUUUUUUUUUAGAUUUCAACAAUUAAAUUACAAAAUUCUAUUCAAGUGACCAACUAAAGAAAGGAAAGAGUUUUCACAUCACAUUUACUUUCUCUUUCUUUAACUUUCAUGUUUUUAUCGAGAGGUUGGACAGUGGAUAGACAAUUACAGAGUUAAAGCAGGGAAUUUAAGAGUAGUGAAAGGCUGCAGUUAUAAAUCCAAUCAGGGCUGCAUUCAGACUCUGUAGACAGGAUUCGCAAAUUUGCUAUUUUGCUAAAUUACCCUCUCAAAAACAGAAGUUGAUACUCAGCUAACAGAAAGGACUUUUCUUCAUGUACCAGAAAAGUGUUUCAAAUUUUGUUCUCCUUACUUUUCUCCUUUUCUCCCUAGAUCCUGAUUGUCAAGAUGGCGGAUUUCUGCUGGACAACCCUCCCUCUGAGGCUGUGAAACAACGACGGCCGGUCCAUCGAGGAGCCGUGAGCAGACCCAAAGCUUACAAGGUAAAUCAUACGGUAGAUAUCCCUCCCUCGUUUCUGGUAUGUUACUUUAAAAAAAAAAAACCUGGGGCAAAAUGUACUUUAGGGAAAUGUUUUUUUUUGUGUGUGUGUAUGUUGUGUUAGUACAAACAUUAAAUAUAACCACUGAAAAAAAAAAGGUCUGUUCAGGUUCGAAUGACAGUUUAAUGGUAGCGAUUUAGACAGCGAAAACCUUAAACAUUUCCAGAAACACUUUGCCCAGGUUUGUAAAUCACUUUAUUUCUUUUUAAUUUGUUAACGCCUGUUUGAAUGAGCAUUUUUUUAACAACACUUGCAUUCAGCCUUUGCUAAUCCUCUGGCUCUUUUCUCCUCUGUAUGACACGUCUGGCAAAUACUAAUCAUGCAAAUCAAAAAGCAAUAAGUCAAAUAUCCAAAGCAGAGAAAAUAGUUAGGAAAACGACCCUAAAAAACAGUAUUUUCAAUAUAGUUGCUGUUCCAGAUUAAGACCUGUGCGGUUUUGUGUGGAUGUUAAUUUAACCGUAUGGAUACACUGUCAGAUUUCUGCACACAGUAUAAAUAAGUGAGUGUCUGCUGGGGUGAGAUAACUGUUAAAUUUAAGGGACACGGGACUCUGAUAAAAAGAGAGUCCCGCUACGAUAUUGAUAUCAGAUAUCGGUCCGAUAUUAGCAAAAAAAAAAACAAAUAUCGAAUUAUAUCAGCGUGCAUCUGAAAUCUCUUGAUAUCAGCACUCCGAUACAAGCAGUCCAUUCCAGACACCUCUAUCUAGCAGAGCCCACAAAAACAACAACAGUGUGUACUAAGAGGUACUAACAAAGUAGCAAGGAGUAGGAGUGAUGUGGUCAUGAGGCAGUAUUUUUGUUUAAGUCCUCAAAAGAAAUUGCAGCUGAGUGAAAAACUUGUCAUGCACAAUUUUUUGCCAAUAUCAGAUCAAUGUCGGUAUCGAUUGAAGGCGACAAUUGGGCCUUUUUGUAGGUUAGCUCAGACACAACAGGACCAGCAUUUUCAGCCUGCGAUUAUAAAAUAUUAAUUGACUUAGUAGUUUCAUUCAGUUUGGUCUACAGGGUGUGCCAAAAUCACUGCUACUCAAAAGUUCCUUAUAGCAGCUUUACUUGUGCUUUGAGCAUCAAUAAAAUCUGUAAUUGCUUGGUAACACCGCUAACCUAGAAGUUGAAAAAGGCUGCAACUUGUUCUCAUCACUAAGAUGACUUGUAUAUCUUUGCAUCGCUGGCUUAACUUCUGCUUUUUGCGAUUGACAACCAUUUUGCUUCUUCAUAUCACGACAGUCUCAUUAAGCAAACAAUCUUUACCAAUGUGCUGUUUGUUUCACCUUUAGCUCUGCAUUGCUUGCUCUUGUGCUAUUCAACAAACAGUAGAUUUCUUAUUUUUUUAAAUUGUUGAGUUUGUCUCCAUCUCUGCAUGUGUUGGUUGUGAAUCGGUAGGACUGGUUUUGUUAUCUGAUCCAGAGCAUGCAUCUUAAAAUCAAUGAGCAUUCUUUUUACUCAUUGGUGUUCAGUGAUUUGCAAUGGCGUUUGCCGUUUACUCCGUAUUGCUCCUACUCCUGAAACACAGCAGCAACAAAGGAAGAUACCGCACUUUAAAGAAGACGUUAAUUCAAGAGCAGGAAAUCAACAAUGCUCGGUCAACUUUCACUUUUUAGUUAUUAGAGACAGUUCAUGGAUGGAUUUUUUUUUUUUGCACAAUGCAUGCGUCUGUUUAAAAAGAUCAGUAGUGAAUAUCUUAUUUAGAGGUACACCGCAUUAACUCUUAUUUAUGGUUUGCUGCAUGUAUACGUCAGACUCUGUUUGACAGGCUGUGUGUGUGCAUGCAUUUAAAGCUGUGCCAUGACAGUUUCCGCUGUUUUAUCCAUGCAAGAGAUGCAUGAAAGCUGCGAUAGACCUAACAAUUCUGUCAAUAUCCCCAAAAUACUAUAUAAAAAAAACAGAAUUAUAGGAUAUUGUUAAAAGAAUGUAUUGUUGGGAGCAAAAGUGCAAUGCACAAAGCAGAAGGAAAGAAAGCCGAGUCCUCCUCUGUGAACAAAACUCAGUCAGUGAAACAUCUGCACCUGUUCCUGACCUCAAAUCUGCAUUUUCACGGAUAAUGGUCUCUACAACUGGAGACGCCGUAAAUGUUUAAACGUAACCGAGGAUGUUGCAGCAGUUGAACUUCUGAAGUUGUUCUUAUUUUAUGGCAUUAUUACCACAAUUUAAACACCAACCUCUGUCUGAACAAAGUCUUUGUACAGUUUUUGUCUAACAGUCAUUUAAAGAGAUAUUUUAAUGUAAAGAGUCUUCAAUUUGGACAUGGUAUCCUCCCCAUGAGAUGCUAGCACCUGUGUCCAAAUAUAACACUGAUGGUUUGUUUGUUUUCCUGAAUGGAAGAAAUUAGAAAUUUCAAUUAUCUGUUUAUUUACUCCUUGUAGUCACACCUUUACGUCUACUUCUACCUCCGGAUGCAUUUGCUAAACUUUCUCUACUUUUUCUGACUGUUGAUUCCUGGCUAACACAAUGCUCAAAGACUCAGUGCUCCUUCCCUUUACUGUCACUUUUGCUGCUGCCGGUCGCCGCCUCUGCAUGUUACUACUAGUAUCAGUAAAACUUUGGAACCUGUGGUGCUGGUUGGCUUAGGCAGUCCCCUCCUUCGCAGGAUCAGGAGAACACGGAAGAGACGGAGCCCCGAGGCACCAACCUGUCCAGGAGCCCAGUGCCGAAGCUGCAGCAGCAGCUACGAGUACACUUACGCCGUCUGCCUGAUUCAAUGCUGCAGCCUGCUCUUUCCCCGCGGCGUUCGGAUCAGUGUGCUUCGAAGUCCCAUCCGUUAUUGUCCCAGCUUCUAGCGCAGUCUGCUGUUUCACUUUCAUCCCAUCCCACGACACAGUCCCCUACAGAGCCGCCCCCGCCUGUCCUGCAUCCCGCUUCAGCUUCUCCACUUUCACCAGUAGACUCUGUUCAGAAAUCUCUGCGGUUAUGUUUGCACCGUUUGCCCCAGGCUGUAGUGCAGUCGGCCGCACGUUUGCACAAAUAUAUGUUGUCGUCAUCAUCUUCAUGUACACUCCAGUCUGCGCAGCACACACCUCUGACAGAGUCAAAGUUGUGCCAGGCGGGACAUCCAGAAGUGCAGACAAAAACAGACGCGACAACGGGAGCUAAAACAGAUCUCAGUACUGUGAAUGUUCCGCGUCACACUGCAAAUCCACUCACUGAGUUACAGGAGCGCAGGCAAGAGGAGCAGGAGGACGCACCGAGGGAUCUGCCCGAAGAGAGGGAGGACGCCAAGGAUUCUGUUACAGAGAGAGUGCCGCAAACCUCUUACCAACACUAUGUCCUUCGUUCCCAGAAUUCUGCAGAGUGUGCAUCAGCGAGCACCCCGGCAGGGUUCACUAAUGGAUUUCCCCAAAAGGGCCUGUCGCAGAACAAGUACAAGAUCCGGGUGGACUUUAAGGUGGGUUUUUUUGCAUGUACGUCAUGCCAGCUUCAACAUGGUGAACAUUAGAUGUGAAUAGUCGGUGUUUUGACAGUCUGGACUAGGGUUGCAAAGGAACGAAUAAUUUCUUGCAAAUUUCAAGAAACUUUCCAUGGGAAGUUAAGCUGGGGAAUUUUGGAAAUAUGUCAAAUUGGAAACUUUUGAUGGGAAUUUACUGGAAAUUAACUGGAAAUUGGGGGUAAUUUAGACAAACUGUAUCAUAUCCAAACAUAAAUGUAAAGAGGAGUCAGAAGAAAACAGCAUCACAUUUGAGGUCGCUACCAUCAUCAUAAUAAGCUAGCCCCUUAAAUGGUCAAUGAAAUAAAAACCAGCUUACAUUUACCACCUAUUUUUAUUUUAAUUUUUGCAAGUUAUAUUUUUAUACUUUAGAUUAUAGAUCAAAUACAUUUACCCCAUAAUAUUAUCAAAACUAACUUGACUUUAUAUAGUCUGUGGGCUCAAAUGUCUUGUGCUUUGGGCUCAAAAGUGUGGCUUUCAAUGUUCAAGAAAUCAUCUGUUCAUGUAAUGGAGGAGUGUACUUGCAUUAAAUGUUUUUUUAGCCAAGAUUAUGCUACAAUAUAUUUUUCCCCAACUAUAUUUAAUUCCCCUGUUGAGGGCCAUCCUUCAAUUUUUUAAAGUUCAGAUUUAUUCACGUUAAUUUCCAUAUAUUCCCGUUAAGUCCCGUGGAAAGUUUCCAACUUCGAAAAUUCCCGAAAUUUUGCAGCCCUAGUCUGGACACAGUAUUAGAGAGAAAUAUACAGCUGAGGCAAGCAAGAAAGUAAAAUUCAGCGGUUUGUAUUUACACAUGCACUCUAGACUUCAUGAGUAAUUUUACAAGAGUGCAGUGUAUGCAUGAAAAGGGUAAAUGAUGCACUUCUAUCAUACGAUAGUUAUCAGUUUAUCAAAAUCUGCCUGCUUUGCUUUCACACUCUUUUUGGCUCCAUGUGUUUUCAGGAGGACUGUGCUGUACAGAACGUUUGGCUGAUGGGCGGCCUAAGCGUGCUCACGUCUGUCCCGACCACCCCACAACCUGUCUGCCUGCUCUGCGCCAGCAAAGGACAGCACGAGGUAAUUCAGCGCAUUUCAACCCCCACGCUUGCAAAAGGUCGGUGCUCUGUAGUGACCUAAGACUAAACAGGCUUUCUUUUCUCCUCUCCAUUCAUCAGAUGAUAUUCUGCCAGAUAUGCUGUGAACCUUUCCACAGUUUCUGCCUCUCACCGGAGGAGCGCCCAAUCGAGGAGAACAAGGAGAACUGGUGCUGCAGGCGCUGCAAAUUCUGUCACGUGUGUGGCCGUCGAAACAAGCACACAAAGGUUUGCAGCCCAGUGACAGUUUUCAUACCAGAAGUUGAAUCAAUCAGAUGUUUGGUAAAGAUUCAAGAAUGUCUUUAAGUGGUGCCGACUUCAUUCGCACUGUGAGUUGUUAAAGUCCUUAACUCACAUUUAGUUUUAAGAGUAUAAAACUUAAAUAAUUUGCAACCAAAGUCUGGACCUUUGAACAGACUUGCAUACACUUGGGUCAUGAAAAACCAAUGGUAUUUAAUUAGAAAUUUAAGUAGCAUGGACAACUUUUCUUCCUUGAUUUGAUUUGUGUGAGAGAACUUAAACAUAAGAUAAUGUACAAUCAAUAUUAAGAGGGUUUUCCUUUAUUUACAACCUUUCUAAUCAGUGUAUGUGUGCAUUUGAGGUGAUGGUGACACUGAAAAAAUGACAAAGCCUAAAACUAUGAACUUUCGUUUUUUCUCUCCAGCCUGUGUUACAGUGCAGAAGGUGCCAAACCUCAUACCAUUCUUCCUGCUUGGGACCAACUUACCCCAAGCCAAUCAACUGCAACAUUCCCUGGGUAAAUCUUUGAAAAGACCAAGAAUAUGUUUCUAUCUUCCUCUUGCUUUAUUGUUUAAUUUUUCUUCUCAAAAAAAAUAAAAAAGAUCCAGAUCCAUUUCCGUGACUCUGUGUUGUUUGUGUAGGUUUGUAUGACCUGCAUUCGCUGUAAAAGCUGUGGCGUAACUCCUGGAAAGUCCUGGGACUUGGCCUGGAACCACGAGCAAGACCUGUGUCCUGACUGCACUCGUCUUCACAAGAAGGGUAGGAACUCAGUGAGACAACAGUGUUUCCUGGGAGUGUAUUUGUGAAUAUACAGGAGCGGAAAUGGACAAAGUGACUGAUAUUGUAUUUUUAUUCUUAUCAGGUAAUUUCUGCACAGUCUGCCAUAAGUGCUACGAUGACAACAGCCAGUAUACACGAAUGAUUCAGUGUUCACAGUGCCGACACUGGAUUCAUUACACCUGUGAAGGACUUUCAGGUGAGUUAUCUCUCUGAUCAGACAUGAAAAUGUUUCAGUCAUUUCUGCUUCUGGAUGAAUUAAUGUUGAGUUUCUGCUUGAAGUGAAAAGAAACACUAGAUCUUAACCUUAUUUUAACUCCAUAGUAAUGAAACCACUCAAAUUGAUUCUAAAUUCUAAGAUUAUCAUGCUUGUUGCAAUAAUAGUACACAAAAGUAUCGCUGCCCAGAUCCCAGUCAGUGUUAUAUUCUCUACAUUGUGUUUGUCAUGACAGAUGAGCUGUUCGACUUGCUGUCACACCAAACAGAAGAAGUUCCUUUUAAGUGUUUGCCCUGCAGCCAAACUGAAACCAGCAGCUUGAAAGAGGAGCUGCAGAGGAGGCUGAUAGCUGGACUGCAGGAGGUGCUCACUGGCCUCAUCUCCAGUGACACCACACGGCACCUCCUCACCUGCAAAGCGGUAAGACGUAAACACAGAAACACGAUUUAAGAGAAACUUGGUAUAGAUAUUGUAUUUGUUGAAUUUGUCCUCUUCUCCAUUUGUUUUAGUGUCAGGAAACAAGAACCACUCCGUGUGUCAGGGAAUCACAGCAGGUCUGUGAUCUACGAGCCAUGGAGAGGAAGUUUGAAGGCAGAGGAUACACCACAAUAGUGAGUACUUUUGUCAUGUCACUCUGCCAGAAAAGGGUUUGACCUGUUCUGAUUCCUUUGUUACUGUCCUUAAAGAGAGAAAUCAUUUACAAUUCUGUCUCUUCUCCUCAAAUUUGCCCUGAUAGCCUUCAUUUUUUUUCUUUUUCUGUCAAACAGAAAGCUUUCCAUUCAGACUUUGCUGCAAUGAUGAAGAGGUGGCUGAAGGAGAAGGAGGAGACUCUUCCUGAGGGCCGGAGACCGAGCUGUCAGGCCAAGGCGCACUAUGUUAGAGUAAGCAUCUCCACCCCAUAAACAUGUCUAUUUCUUCAGGGGAGCCAUGUUUCAUUGGUUUCUCAUCCAAAUGAUCUUUUACCCCAGUUUAGCUUUAGGGUUUCUUUGUCUGGCGAAAAUUACUUAUACUACUUAUACUACAACAACAGGAGUGAAAUAUUGUCUGUAAUGUCCAAAAAUAGAUGUUUCCCCUAAUAUAAUUUGACUUAAUGUAAUAAAUUUUGCAAAUAUUUUCUUCCCCGUAGCUUGUUGAGCGGAUUUUUGGCUGGUUUCCUGCACACCGUCUAAAAAAGUGGAGCUCCUUUUCAGAGGAAUUCCCGAGGUAAGUUUGUUACGGUAAAAAUGAAGAUUAGUCCUUUAAUGUUCAAACAUAUUAAGUUUACAGUCUGUACCCUUCACUCUGUAGCGGCAUGCUCCCUGAAGCCGUCCUCCCACCCUCCAAGGAGCACAGCUAUGCACAGUGGCUUGAAAGGACUUACCAACCUGUGGAGCUCAGAGACCGUGAGCCAGGGGAAACUUGGCCAUCAUCAUCAGGAACUCCUCAGCAGGCUGGUGUGUUGCACAGUCAUCAUCAGAGCUCUCAAGGUAUGGAAACUAAUUAAGCCUGCUAAAAAAAUUUAAAAAUAUUUUAAAACAAAUCAAAUUUUAAGAAGUUUUGCAUCCUGAAGUUAAAAGUAGGGCUUGAUUUUGUCCUCUCUCUCUCAGGUGAAAUAAGUGAUGUGAAAACUCCUAGGACUGAGGACAUGCGGCAGUGCGCCCUGUGCCAGCAAUAUGGAGACUCUGCUCCAAGUGUGAGUUUAAUUUUGCAUGUUUUCACUGCAAAGAAUAUGAAUAAAACAGAUCCAUGAAUCCACAGUCUGCUUUGUUUAAAGUGAGGUGAGUCUGUGAUAGUAAUAAAAAUACUUAAAAACGAUGUUUUUCUUACAAUCCGUGCAAACUUUAUGUCCGUAUUCUUUAGAAGCAGUACAACACAUUAAGAAGUUCAUAUAUAAUGUCUCACUUUUGAAGCUGAAAGGAUUAAAUAAUUGACAUUUUGAUGAACAAACUUUCCUCUACAGCUGUUAAAAGAUGUGUUUUCUCACCCUGACAGGACGCAGGUCGGCUGUUGUUCUUGGGUCAGAAUGAGUGGGCCCAUGUGAACUGCUGUAUUUGGUCUGCUGAGGUCUAUGAGGACAACAGUGCUCUCUUGCAAGUGCACAGUGCGGUCUCAAGAGGGCGCCACUUGGUAAGUCUUAAUCAGGGAAGAAAUUAUACGAUAAUCUGCGUUCUAGUUUCAGGUGUUGCAGCUCUGAUAUGAAAGUGUGACGACAUGUGUGACAUGAUUUCUUUCUGUGUUCAUUCCACAGCGCUGUGAUCGUUGCGGGCAGUCAGGAGCCACCGUGGGCUGCUGUCUCAACACCUGUCAGAGUAAUUUCCACUUCAUGUGCGCUCGAGCUCAGAACUGCGCGUUUCAGCGGGACAGGAAGAUUUACUGCUUCAAACACAGAGAUCUGCUCAGCUCAAAGGUGAUUCUCUUCCUCCGAGAAUAUCUUGUUUUUCCUUUCAUCAAGUUUCCUUCAUAUUAAAACUGAUAUUUGAUUUACUAAACUCUUGCAGAGGGUGUCUGGGAAAGGGUUUGAGGUGACUCGGCGAGUCUAUGUGGACUUUGAUGGGAUCAAUCUCAAGAGGAAGUUUCUCACAGGCCUCGAACCAGAAACCAUAAACAUGACUAUUGGUAAGAACUUUUGGAUGUUGUGAGUUGAAGACACUUUCAGGGUUCCUGCAAAAUUGUCAUUUCCAUACUUUACUUUUUAGAAUUAUUUUUAAAUACCUACUUUUGUAUUUUAGAAAAAAGUAUUUCCAAACUGUGGUAAUAGUCUUAAAACAUAGAUAUUUUUCCAUUCUUUUUUUUUUUUAUUUUCCAUACUUUUAAGACCUGGAAAUUGAUCUAAUUUAUUUCCAUACUUUUCAUACUUGCAUAGGAACCCUGCGGCUUUGUACAGUAAAACUCCAAAUAUCAAAUAUGAAUGAUUUCAUCCUUUUUUCCUCUCUCCCUUUAAGGCUCUCUGCAGAUUCAGAAACUUGGCGUGUUGUCAGAGCUGUCGUCUAACGGGAGGAUGCUGUAUCCUGUCGGCUAUCAGUAAGGAACAUUAGUUUUCCCACUAUGUUUUGUACUUGUGUAUACUUUGUUCAAUAACCGUUUAAAUCUAGCCCCAACUAGUGCUUUGUUAUUCCUCUAAAACAGCUUUUCACUCACAUCAGUUGAAGGUUUUCUCAUUUGCACCUCUCCCUCCCUUCUUUCUCCAGAUGUUCUCGCUUGUACUGGAGCACCUUAGACCCCCGCAGACGCUGCAAAUAUACCUGCAAGGUGACAGAAGUGAGCACGCCGCUCCCUGGUGAAGAAAAACAUCCGGUUUGGGACCCAGAGGAGAAUCACACCAUCGUCCACAGCCCAAGCCAACGAAGAGGUCAGCAGGAAUUUAUCCCCUUUUAUCUUAGUCUGGAAUUUAUGCGGAUCCUUUAAAAGUCUUCGAUUGGAUUUCUUGAAUGUUUCAGAAAGUCGUUUUUGAUUUCACAUGACUCUUUGAUAAAUGUCUGAAUAUGUGAUUAAACCUCCACUCCUGAAUAUUAUACAAUUUUCUGAUUUUUUAAUCAGAUAAUCCACUUUGUGUUUAUUAGGCUUUCAUUUUUGAAAAUGAUCAUCUGCUUAGUUUUUUCCUGCACCCUGUCUGGACUUGUCAUAGAUUUAGUCGCCUUUAUUUCCUCAAGUAAAAGUCAAGUACAGGAGAAUUAUAAUGAUGACCAGGUACUCUUGAGUUCAACUCUGUUUGUUUGAUAUCCUUUUCUUAUUUAUCAGACGCAGAGUCCCCCGAUCGUUUAAGUUCCUCAUCCAGUCCGUUAAAGUCAACCACCUCAUCACCCGACUCCAGCACAGCACUGCACAAAACACCCGGGUCCAAAAGUCCUGGCUACACACAAACCAGGAAACCAGCAGGAGGGUCAUCUCGACCUCUUCCAUCUCCAGGUAAAUAGAUAAUUUCAGGUAUUCUUUGUUAUCUUGUGCAUUUGGUCUUUCUUUUCUCCUUUUAAAUAUUUUUUUUCACUGUUUUGAGUUCUUAAUUCAAUGUGACAUCUUGAUAAAAACUUGAUUUGAUGCUUUCAGGGUCCACUCUUCCCAAACCGCAUCAUGUGCUGACACUGAGGGACCUGGAGGAUACUCGUAGACCACGCAGACUCUCAGCAAGAAGCCGCUGUAGUUCCUCCCAAUCAGACAGCGACCCGUCUACCCCUAUGACCCUCCGUUCUGGCGGCAGCGUCCACGCCAGAUGUUCCCUCUUCAGCUCCCCUCCAAGGUCAUCGAACAUAGGACCUGCCUCGCCUCCCGUGUCCAGACAAAACUCUUCAUCACCAGUCUGGGGCUCCCCAUCGGGAUCUGGUAUUUCUUUGGGCUUGUCGCCUCGGCAAGGAGCCAUCACUAACUCCCCCAGAGGGAGGCAGAACUUUAAAAUCACCACUCCAGUUUCCGCAGAGGUCCCCCAGGACUUCCUUGCAUCAUCGGAGGCAGAAGACGCAGCGGUGGCGACAACAAAUGGGAUCUCGCUAGCGCCUGAUAACUUAGAAGAGGAAGUAGCUCAUCUCAUGGCGCAGGAGCUGCCUUACACGGUGUUCGACACUGACACGGAGGUCGCGGUGGCUUCCAUGCUAAACGCUAAGCUUGAAUUCGACGAGGCUCUUCUCAACGAGACCGUAACGCUGGAAGGGCCCGGGAGAGGGGAAGUGGAAGGGGCGGUGCAGGAAGUGCUGGAGGGGAAUCAGGAGAACGACUCCGAGAGCGAAGAGUCGAGUCAUUACUUGAAGUUUUCACGCACAGUUGUGUGUGACGUCGCAAGCAGCUCAGACACCUCAGGUCAGCAUCCGCCAGCGCAGUCGAUCUCACAGUUAGACGGAGCAGACGGAGGGUCAGACAGCGAUGAAAGCGAUGCGUCGGAUGAUGAAGUUCAGGACAAAAGACGGGAAGAGUUUGAGAGGCAUACGAAUCAUAACACGCCGACCAAACAGCUGACUGUUGCUCUGAAGAGGCUCGAGUCAAUCUACACUUUGUCCAAGUCCAGAGAUGAAGAAGGACAAGCUGAGUCAGACUUUCACGUAAAUUCACCGCCGGCUGAUAUUCUCCAACCAAGCUUUGCUAAUGACGGCAUGUCGCUGCAGGAAGAAGAGGUCCUGAUGAGCUCUGAAAUGACAACAUCUCAGAGCGAAGUGCUUUUAGACUCUACAGAACAUUUUGUUUCUACUGAAAACGGCCCAGCAGUUCAGUACCGCAGUGAAAUUGACUGUAAAGAUGAGAACAGUUCAUCUGCUGACUCAGUCGAGGGAUUUAAAGAUGACUUGAAUGAUCCCGAUUACUCCCCAGAACCUAAAUCCAAAAAGUCUCCCGUAGCGCAGAUGAAAACGAUCAUCGUGAAGUCGAAGCGUUCCCCUCCAAACCUCAAACGGGUGUCCUCAAAACCGUGUCUUCCUCUGCAUGCGUCAGUUUCCUCAGCUGCGGCAUCCACUCUGUGUGCGGUCCCACACACAGUCACCUCCCCCAUCAUAAUCAACGGAUUAAACCCUCUGCCGAUUCAGCCCGGAGCUACACGGGGGAGAAGUGUCGCCAUCCGUUUGGACAACUCCAGGCCUGAAGGUCAGCAGCAGGUUAUUCAGAAUCAGGCUGCAGCCACCAGCUCGCCCCCUUCCCAGACUCCAGCUCCCGCCCCUCAGGUCCUGCUGGUCAACCGUCAAGGCCAGAUCCUCAUCAAAGACCCAAGGACAAACACUUACCAGUCACUCAGUUCUCAUUCUCCCGCUUACAGUAAAAUAAGCCAGAUAGCCAAGAUUCUGCACAGCGGAAACACGCUUCAGCGCUCCAUCCCUCGUGUCAUCUUAAAGCCCCGCCCCUCACCUUCCGUCUCAAACGUCCCUCCCUCUAAUAACACCGUCCCGCUGACCAGUCACAACACAGCAAUCGGAAGGAAAAUCGUUUUUAGGGUGCUGCCCAUGAAAAGCAGCGUGACUCAAGCUCCCGUGACUACCAUCAGGGUGCAGAGCGCUCCCGAAGCAGGUAUCUCCAACAUCGAGGAAAGCACAGCUCAGGCUAUCAUCAACAGAGCCAUGGCGACCCACCGGGAAGACCCGACGCCAAAACCGAUACCAAACAUUCUGAAAAGCACUCAGAAGGCCCGUUAUCAAAGCCCCGCCCAGUUUCAGGAGUCGGGGGAGGCGGGUUGCUCACCUGCUGCGCAGUCAGACUCCUCCAGCAGUUGCCUUAAUGAACCAGCUCUGAACCACCUUCACCACCCUGCCCCACUGCGCCAGGUGAAGGUGAAGAGGGUGUCCUCGCUGUCCGAGAGGCCCUCCAGAAAGAAGUCCAAGAUUGACUUCUUGAGGGAUCCAAACAGUGACCUGGAGGACAUUAAUGAAAGCAGGUAACGACGGAUUCAGUUCUCUUUUCACUGCAGCUUAUAAAUCUGAAUAUGAUCAUAUGUUGACGACGUCUGGAUUUGCUACAAAAUUAUUGUAAACAUCAAGAGUUUUAUUAGAAAUCACCAGAAAUGUGAACUGUGUCACUUUUUCUGCAAACAGGCAAAGUGGUGUGAGAGUGAAAGCUCCCACCAUGAAGGAUGUUCUUGAUCUGGACCAGGAGGUGAAGCCUAAUGAGCCGCAGCAGUUGAGGAUCCCAGUUUCACCUCCUGUCCCCACCAGGUUAGUUCGUCUCAAAGGCAACAACUUCAUUUAAGUAAUUCUUCUUAGUUGCGUAAAAUUAAGUUAGGGUCUAACACACCGUAACACUGAGUUAGACACCCCCUCGAGAGAUGAAUGUUGCGGACCGCUUGCUUCUGUAGUAAUACCGACUUUAGUAACGACCGCACGAUAGCAAAACACAGCAGUCUGAGUCAUAAACAAACCUCAACCAAAAAACACCUUUUGUGGAAGAGAGUAGGUGAGUUUUGUUUAUUGUCUUUGCUAAAGAAAUUAGGCAAAGUUAAAAAGAUGUUUGGUGGCUAGUACUAUGGCUGGGACCCUAUAUGUACUGUUGAUGAAGUUUGGUGCUGUUCUGAACAUUAUUUGUGGCUAUAGAGUGGAGUUUUGGUUGAGCGCGUGGCUCUCCGUAUUGCUACCGUGCGGUCCUAACUAAAGUUGGUAUUACUCGAGAAGCAAGCAGUCGGCAACAUUCAUCUCUCGAGGGGGGGUGUCUAGCUCGGUGUUACAGUAUUUAAAUUAAUUUUACGUCGGAAUAUCCCUUUAAUACUUCUGUUUUCACUCUGUUUCCUCAGACAUUCGCGGGUUGAAAGUCCACUCCCAUUUACUCAAACCAACAGUCAGAUCAAGAGUAACACACACAUGUGGGUCAGCGCUCGCCACGGAGACCUCUCUGAGUGGGGUCCUUACACAGGUAUGUAACUAAACAUUGUGGGUUUUUAAAAAAGGUGUUAAUGAAAUAAUUUUUUUUUUUACAUUGUUGGUUUAUUUUCUUCUUGCAGGUUUCAGCUCCGAGGAAGAUGCACCCGCACCCAAAUGCAAAAAGAAGACGUACAUGAACCAGCCUCAUCUUCGCUUUGAAAUCACCAGCGAUGACGGCUUCAGUGUAAAGGCCAACAGCAUAGAAGGUGAAAGCUGCUCAUUUCUUAUACUUAUUUCUUAUACUUAUGUGUUGUUUCCAGCUCUCACACUCGUCUCACCUCUCCAUUAGGUGCCUGGCGCGCGGUUAUCGACGGCGUCCUGGAAGCUCGAGCCGGCUUCCACAUGAAGCAGCUCCCCCUGAGUGUGAUGAGCGGGCCGCGGAUGCUCGGCGUCCUCCACGAUGCUGUCAUCUUCCUGCUGGAGCAGCUGCAGGGUGCGGGCAGCUGCAAACGCCAUCGCUUCCGCUUCCACCGCUGUGACGAAAUAGAGGAAGAGUUACCCAUCAAUCCCAGCGGCUGCGCUCGUUCUGAAGUCUACACACGGUACUAGACACAGAUACUUCGCCUAUUGUAUAUCUGAGAUUUUUAGAGCGUCCUGUUCUGUUUCUAACAUUUGUUUUGUGUAUUUUCUUCUUACUUCUCCCCAAUCCAGGAAAGCAACUUUUGAUAUGUUCAACUUCCUGGCAUCACAGCAUCGAGAGCUCCCUAUCGUAAUUGGUCCGUUUGAUGAAGAAGAAGAUGAAUUCCCUCUGAAGUCUUCCAGGUAAAAGGAUUAAAUACUCACUGCUUUCUUAUACCUUAGCUUUAUACCUUAACAAACAGGACUUCUAGAAACUGCCUUAAAAAGUGAUUCAGCAAACGCCAUGUCCUUGUUGUCAUCGCUCUUUCUGUGUCUCACUCUGACAGGCGAGCCACCAGCAGUGAGCUUCCCAUGGCAAUGAGAUUCAGACACCUGGAAAAAACCUCCAAAGAAGCAGUGGGGGUGUACAGGUGAUGGAAACAAAACACAUUUCAAUAUAGACCUAUAUAGAUGUAGAUGUUGUUUAAAGUGUAUUAAAACUGUUUCACGUUUCCCUCUAGAUCGGAAAUUCACGGUCGCGGCCUUUUCUGCAAGAGGAACAUUGAGGCAGGGGAGAUGGUGAUUGAGUACGCAGGCACCGUCAUCCGCGCCGUUCUGACUGAUAAGAGGGAGAAAUACUACGACAGCAAGGUCAGUCAAAGUUGUUUCUGUCGUUGAAAUCUCUCCUGUUUCAUUUUGACCUGACAAACUGGCAACAGUAGAGCGUUGAUGGGCUGAUUUUUAAUUCAAAAGGAAAAGGUGAAAGACUGUUCUUAGUUGUAUGAUCAAAUGUUAAAUUUAUAUUGAAUUUACUGAAACGGUGACAGCGAUGUUGUUCUCCAUCAGGGUAUCGGCUGCUACAUGUUCCGCAUUGACGACUUUGACGUGGUGGACGCGACCAUGCAAGGCAACGCAGCCCGAUUCAUCAACCACUCGUGCGAACCCAACUGCUACUCCCGCGUCAUCAACGUGGACGGCCGCAAGCACAUCGUCAUCUUCGCGCUGAGGAAGAUCUACCGCGGCGAAGAGCUGACGUACGACUACAAGUUCCCCAUCGAGGACGAGAACAACAAGCUGCACUGCAACUGCGGGGCGAGACGCUGCCGGCGCUUCCUGAAUUAGUACAACCGACACACUCAAACCAAGACACACCAUGUAUAAAUAGCCAUCUUAUUUAAUGCACUUGAAGUUUUCAGAGUUUGAUGAAGCCGAUUUUCGUGAAUUAGCCAUAGCAGCGAGUUCUCCAAUGCACUCAGACCGGAUUGAGUUUCAGUUUUCCCUUUUUGUUGAUUGAUUUACGACGCGUGCUAGUUUAUUUUCGUGACUGGAUUACGUCACAGAAACCAGAUUAGAGCCAUAACAAAAAGCAAUGGGUGAUUACUAUUUAUUUAAGUUUGGACUGCUGGAUUCUUGAUCUGUUAGAGAGCACAGUUCAAAUGUUACAACCACUCUGCUUUUUUGGAUUCGUGCAGUUCGACCACCGCAAACUCAACAUUCAACCAGUUCCACAGAGUCGGAUCCGUCAGUCACCUUCACUUGGACUUCAGCUUAAAAGAAGCUACAGCUGUUUUAACCAGCUCCCAAACAUUCAGACUAAAGCACCCUGAUACCAGUCUUAGAAAUAUUAGCAGGUUUCUAUUGUUAUUAUGCUGGUGAGUGUCUAUAAACAUCAGGUCACGGAUUGAAUUUGUCUGCACCUUACUUUGAAACAAUCUCCUCUGGCAGCAUCGGUGUUGCAAAAGCAGAAAAAUUUUUUACUACAAAGCAACAAAAAAAAGACAAAAACAAAAAAAAAACACGUUAACUCAAGGCACCUCCUGAUGUACGUUGUAGUGCAGCUGCAUUUUAACUUAACUCUGAAUAUAACAGAAAAUGUGAGCAGGGAAUCCAAUAUUUUAGGUGCUGGUGACAUUUAACCCCAUGUUGUAGUUUUAAUAUAGUCACCUCAAACAUUUUCAACCCUCAUGUAUUCUGUUUGAAUUUCCUGUUUUUAUUUGUGACGGCAGAUAUGCUGUGAUGUUUUUAUCCCGUCUGUCUUUAUUUGUGUUGGUUUUGUAUCUUAAGGUCUAUGAGGGACAGUUUCCUUAAUGCAGGGUUCAAAUUGAAAUAAGCGAUCUUGCUCGACACAGUCCCCCUAUACAUGCUUUUGUAUUUUUGUAUAUUUGAACAAUAAAUGUAUAUUCAACAAGCUAAUGGAAAUACACGUGUUUGACCUUUUAACUUUCCAUUUGUAAAGUGAAGGCUGACGUAGAGAAGUGAAGAGAUUGCGGAGCUACGAGAUCUUUUCGUCUUUAGUUUUUGCACUGUUUUUGCACCCUCAUUCUUGUGUUUUCUGUCUGCCACAGGUGUACUACCUCAAAACUGUUAUAAAACAAGAAUUUAUUUAAUUAUUCAACACAAUUGGAAAUUCUGCUUCUUUACUUCUGUGUUGUUCGAUCUGUAUAAUGACAACUCUUCAUUACAAACCAAACCAAAACUGUUGAACACUGACUUUUGCGAGACUAGCUGGCCACCAUGUUUUCGUGCUCGUUUCUUCUGUUUGAAAUCGCACCCAGUGAAUGGAUGUAGAUAGAGUCUUAGGGUUUAGCUUGAAGGCUGAAUGCUGAGAGGGUGUUUGUGUUUUCGGAACAAUAAUUGAAAUUCACAAAAAGUUUGUGACUUAAUCGUCUCACAGUUGAUCCUUGCCUUGUACAUAGUUGUAUAAAGAAUUUCUAAACCUGUUAAAUAUUUUUGUACCUUCAAUUUUUUAAUUUAUGUUCAAUAAAAAUUUGAAAUGUUUAAAAUUUG